AUGGAGGUCAUCCAGCAGCUCGUCUUUGCUCUAUUUGGCUUUUGGUUCUUUGAAAUCAAAGUACAUGCCGCACUUUAUGAGAGAAGGUUGCGAGCGGCGAAGAGAAACACAGCAGAAAAGAGAAGAAAACUUAUGGCUUGGGUCUUGAGCCGGGAGGAGAAGUACACCUUUGUGCGGCAAAGACAAAGACGGCAGCGCUAUAGGAUGCUUCUCCUUUUGUCAAAACAGCGCCGCCGACCAGUCAUUUGGGCUCUCCGCCGCGCCAAUGAGUGGUGGGAUGUGACCGUCCCUGGAUUCACACACACACAGUGGGUGCACAAUUUCAGAAUGUCUGAGGAAACAUUUUUAUACCUUUGUGCAAAGCUAGGUCCAGCGAUGGAGAAGCAAACCACCAACUUCAGAGCUUGUGUGCCUGUGAGGAAAAGAGUUGCCAUUGCACUGUGGAAGCUGGCUACCAACAGUGAAUACAGAAGUAUAGGUCAUCUUUUUGGUGUCAGUAAAUCAUCAGUGUGCCGGUGUGUGCAGAACUUUUGUAAGGCUGUAUGCACAUUGCUAGCUACUGAAAUUAUUCAUUUUCCGGACUGGCAAAAGCUUAAAGACAUGGCUGACUACUUUGAGAACAGGUGGGGCCUUCCACAGUGUGUUGGUGCUAUUGAUGGGUCACACAUACCAAUAAUAGCACCACAAGAAUACCACACUGACUACUUCAACAGAAAAGGGUGGCAUUCCAUCAUCCUCCAAGGAGUAGUGGAUGGAAAAGGACUAUUCUGGAGUGUGAACGUAGGAAAGCCUGGGAGCUUGCACGAUGCUCGGGUUCUACGACUGUCCACAUUUUGGGAUUGGGUUGGCCAGGGAGGCCUGUAUCCUGUUUGCACUAAGAACAUUGGGGGGGUGAAUGUUGGCUAUUAUGUGCUCGGGGACUCUGCCUACCCUUUACAAAAUUGGCUCCUGAAACCAUUUCCUGACAAUGGCCGCCUGACACUAGAACAACAAACCUACAACAAGAAAACAUCCAGGGCACGUGUCGUAGUUGAAAAUGCAUUCGGAAGACUUAAGGGUAGGUGGCAUUGUCUUAUGAAGAGGAAUGACAGUGACAUUGCACUUGUCAAAUCCAUGGUGCUUACUUGCUGUGCUCUUCACAAUCUUUGUGAAAGACAUGGAGAAGACUUCCACCAGGAUUGGAAUACGUCUGCAGAAGAGCCAGGACGGGUAAUUACACUGGAUAGCGAAGAAGAGUGCAGUGAAAUACGUCAGGCUCUCAUGCGGCACCUCAACCUUUAA